AUGGAAAAAACUUCAUUUCUUACUGUAACGUUGGGUAAAGUAUCUCAAGAAAUAGAUUCUGUUAUUACCACCCUAGAAGCUAAUCGCUGUGAAGAACAUUUUUUAGCAAUUUGGACUCAAAUAACUAAAUCUUGUACAAAAAACCACAUACUGUUGGAUAUAUCCAUGAAUGGAUCUAAGAGAAAAAGAACACAGCCAAAUAAACUAAGUAAUUAUACUACUGAAGUAAAUACAGGUGAAAAUGAAGAGCAUAGCUCAAAUGAUAUUAUGACAUGCUAUCGUGUCAAGUAUUUUAUUAUUUUGGACACUGUAAUAAAGAAUCUUAAUAUGAGAUUUUCAAAAGAAAGUAUGAAGUUGGCUAAUAGUGUGGAUGACUUUUUAAUGUUAGACUAUUCAAAAAACCUUACAUUAACAAACCAUUAUAAAAAUUUAUAGAAUAUCGAUAUGGAAAGCUUAAAG